AUGCGUUCUCUCGUGAUCAUUGUUGCUCUUUUUGGAGUGGCCGCCUCCAUUGAGAUGUUCGGUCGCGAUCAGUCUUCUGCUGUACGUGGAAAAUUGAUUUGCGAUCAACGACCGGCUGCUGGAGUCUUGGUGAAGCUCUGGGACAAAGAUACCUUGGACUCUGAUGAUCUCUUGGACUCCGGAACUACUGACGCCAACGGAGACUUCCAACUCGGAGGAUGGACUAAAGAAUACACCCCAAUUGAUGUUAAGCUUAACAUCUACCACGACUGCAACGACGGAAUCAAGCCAUGCCAGAGAAAGUUCGGAAUCAAGAUUCCAGACUCUUACACUUCGUCCGGAAAGGUUCCAAGAAAGGUUUACGACGCUGGAGUCAUUCAACUUGCCGGUUCCUAUCCAGGAGAGAGCCGUGACUGCAUUCACUAA